GCGCGCGCACAGUACCACGCCGCGCCGCGCAGGCGCCGUGCGCGGCUCUAGUCACACAAACUAAAGACAACUACACCCGUUAAGACUGCCUACAAUGCUUUAAGACUGAGACUGACUUAAGACUGACUGACAAAUGUGUUCAUUUACUUACUUGUGACUGAAACUUGACUAUGUGACCUGUGUUCAUUUUAUCGCUCUGAAAAGAUGUGACUGAAACAUGACCGUGUGACGAAGUGACUUACUGACGAAGUGAUGUGACGUGACUUGUGACAGACGACGAUGAACAGUGACAGUGACAUUACUUGACAUUUUGACUGACUGGAUUUUUGGGAGCUGAGAGCCUGUCAGCGGUGAUGGCCUGGAGAGCCGCACAGAAGACCCUCAGUUCCCAGCUGCCAGUGCUCUGCGGCAAUCACCGCUAUUACAGCACUGUCCAUUGCGGGGUGCACCUAAAUGCCCUCCAGCUUCUAAGAGGUACCGAACUCAUGAUGGCACCUGCAACAACGUGAAUCGCCCAAGAUGGGGUUCUACUAUGACCCCCGUCCAACGUUUCCUUCCCCCAUCUUACUCCGAUGGCAUCCAAGCCCCUCGCCGUUCCGUCUUCGGCUCUGCUCUACCUUCAGCCAGAGAGAUCAGUUCCACGGUCCACGAAGACCAGCAUGUGGAAACACCGGGUAUAACGCAUCUGCUGAUGCAGUGGGGGCAGUUCUUGGAUCAUGAUGUGACGUCGUCGUCACAGUCGCGAGGAUUCAACGGCUCGGUGCCGCGGUGCUGUAAAGAUGGCGGGCGGGAUUUCGUUCCUCGAGAAUUCUUGCACCCCGAAUGCAUGCCUAUCGAAGUUCCUCCGUCCGAUCCAUUCUACGGGCCAAAGGGAGUCAGAUGUCUGGACUUCGUCCGGUCGUCCCCCGCUCCCCGUGAUGACUGUGCCCUGGGCUGGCGUGAGCAGAUGAAUCAGGUCUCCGCUUACAUUGACGGGUCGCCGCUCUAUGCCAGCUCGGCGCGACAGUCGGAUAAACUGAGACUGUUUAGAAACGGAAUGCUCCAGUACGGACGCGUCCAAAACCGCCGUCCAUUACUUCCCCCAGAGAGACGAGACGAGCUCUGCCGCGGCGGCGCUGUUUCCUCCGACUGCUUCAAGUCAGGAGACGCCAGGGUCAAUGAGCACCCUGGACUGGUCGCCGCUCACAUUGUGUGGCUUAGGCAGCAUAAUAGGAUGGCGCAAGAACUGGCGCACCUAAACCCUCACUGGAGCGAUGAGAAAGUAUACCAGGAAACGCGAAAGAUUGUUGGCGCGAUGAUCCAGCACAUCACCUACAGAGAAUUCCUCCCAAUCGUAUUAGGUCAAGAAGUGAUGCGCCUGUUCGACUUGGAACCUUUAAAGAAAGGCUACUACAAGGGUUACAGCCCGAAAAUCAACCCAAGUCCUGCGAGCUCAUUCGGCUCAGCUGCCUUUCGGUUCGGUCAUAGCCUGGUGCAGCCUUCCAUGGUGCGGUACGACCGGUUUCACAGGCCUAUGCAAAACAAUGUCUCUCUCCAUAACGAACUCACAAAUCCCUCCAAUAUCUGGAGUAUGGGUGCCGUGGACCGACUCCUCCUCGGCAUGGUGAACCAGCCAAUUCAGAAACGCGACGAGUUCAUCACAGAGGAACUGACCAACCACCUUUUCCAAACGCCCUCUUUUGACUUCGGAAUGGAUCUGGCCGCUAUCAAUAUUCAGAGGGGGAGAGACCAUGGAAUCGCGCCUUAUACUGCUUGGCGGGAGCCGUGUGGGCUGUCGCCAAUAAAUGAGUUUGAGGACUUGUUUAGAGUGAUGUCACCGCGUGCUGUGAGGAGAUUGCAGAGUCUAUACAGGCACGUGGAUGACAUUGAUCUGUUUACGGCAGGCAUGUCUGAAAGGCCGGUCGUGGGUGGACUAGUGGGUCCUACGUUUGCCUGCAUUAUCGCUCAACAGUUCUCAAACCUUCGGAAAGGUGAUCGAUUCUGGUAUGAGAAUGGAGGCUUCGAAUCGUCUUUAACGCCGGCACAAUUACAGCAGAUACGUAGAAUAUCGUUCGCCCAAAUCUUGUGUCGUACCCUGGACACUAUAGACAGCAUUCAGCCCUUCGUAUUUCUUUCUGCAGACAACACUGACAACGAUCGGAUAUCCUGCCUUAACGGCUUACUGAACAACUUUGAUUUAUCGCCAUGGACUGACGUUAACUCAAGCAAUGAUAUUAGUAAAUCUGACGACGAAAGCACUGAACGACCAAACACAAACAGAAAGACUACAACAACCACCAAACGACCUACAACAUCUACCAAACGAUCUACAACAAAAUACUCAACCACAAAAAAGCAUCAAAAGUUGACUGGUACUACUAAAACUCCUCAAAAGAAACCAGUUCCUGUUGCAAAUAAUACUCAUAAUGCUAUAAAACCGAAACCUACACAUAGACAAAAUAAAACUGACAGCGCAGAUGACAAAUUGAACACAACAUUGACUGACAAAAAUGUCAUAACGACAACUGAGCAGACUCUACAAAAGAUAGAUGACAAACUUGACUUUAAAAACAAAAGUCGACGAUACGAAGAAGCUGACGCACGGCUCAAUUACAAUAAACCUACAAAACAAUACGGAAAUGACUAUGACGAUGACGAAGAAGUACAAAGUGUACAAUCUGUAGUUAUAAAUAACUUACAACAUAAGCGACCCUACAACAGACCGGUAAUAGCUGUGACUGAAAACAUUGAUAAAUAUACUUACUUGAUAAAUUACGUGCCUAGAUCCACACAGUCCUGGCGAGACACUACAAGAAGAACAACGACAAGACGACCGACUACAAGACGGACGCACGACAGAGACGUAGUGAAAGUAACGUAUCAGACUUAUGACGACACGUACGGUAGACCUAACAAACCAUAUUACUUUAACAGAUAUGACGACAGACAUGACAAUUACAAUAGACAAGAUGACAGAAAUGACAAAUACAAACAAGACGAUAGGAAUAAUAAUUACAAUAGACAAGACGAUAAAAACGACGAUUAUAAUAUUAGACUUGAAGACAAAACUGACGACUAUAACUACAGAAAUAACAAACCUAACACAAACGAUGAUAAUUUUUCUUCUGCUAGAUCGAAUGACAAAUUCCAGACAUCUACUACAAAUACUGACGCAACUAUUGACAAAAUCUCCGUAACUGACAAGAUUAAACUGACGACUGAAAAUCCGUACAAACUAGUUACAUUUGGUUAUGUAGGCACAUACAAAGGCGACAUGACAAAUAACAAAGGGACAAAAACUGACACAACUCAGACAGUUAGACACGAAGUAAUAAGUAAAGACUUCUCAACUUAUGAAGACGACAGACUAGAUGCGGACGAAAGGAAGAACAUGAAACUGUCAACAUUUUUCCAUUACGAGACUGCGACUAAACCUUACAACAAUUUGAGACCGACAAGACGUCACGAUGAGGAUCAAAUACUUGACCUCUCCAAAACGAACAGUAAAUAUUACUACAUUCGGAAUGUAUUACGAAAAUAUCCAGAUUCAAGUAUGACAGACGAGGCAGCAAACAAGACUAAAAGGAAGGAAAUACUGAAAGAAAACUAUAACAGUCCGGGGCAUCCAGUGCCUGUGAUGAUAGAGGAAAGGUCGUCGGCUGACAAACUGGCGCUCAUAGAAGAAACAGAGGAAAAGUCGGCGAUCCCAGAUCCGGAGAGACUGAGGGUGAAGAUCUCCAAGCCGUCAAGUCCGGCAAAGACUCCGUCCGUGGCUUUCCAAGUGAUACCCAGUGAAAACAAUCCUUCUCAAUGGGCGACGUAUGAGGAGAAAGACUUGCCCGAGGGUCUGCCACACCGGAUGCCUCCGAUGAAAAUCGACCCGUACGCAUUAAAGGAAAUCCCCAGACCGUUUGACUUUGGGAACUUAAGGAGGAGACGUCCAGGAAAAAAUCACUAGGCCAAACUUUAGCAAAUAUCCCCCAUAAAACUUUACAUACUUUUUUAUAUAUUACUGCAUAAUAUUACUGCAUUGUAAAUAGGUAGUAAAUCGCACAUAACUUUAUUGACAAUGUGAUUAAUAUUAAUUGAAAGAGAGAUGAUAAGGCUUAAGAAAAUUAUUACUCAGUUGCAAGUAACUUGCAAACGAUUGAAGACAAAACCUUUAUGGACAGUGACAUGACUAAAAUUGAGCAAACCCACUAGGACCCACUUAGGCAAGGACAACAAAUACAAGGAGUGAAUGAAAGUAUCAAUGAUGCUCAAGACAACCGUGACAUGAAUUACAAAUUAUAAAGACGCACGAGACAGACAAUGACUACUGUUUUAAAUUUGAUCACUAAUGAUAUGUCGAACACGAACUCACUGACGCAAUGGACUACGGGACAAUGAAGGAAAACAAAGUGGCUUAAAUACUGGCAAUUAGAGUGACAAAUAAAUACGAGACGAACAAUAACUGACCGACGUGUCUUAAAUACAAUUGAAACUGACCAAAACGAUUUGUAUUAAGCGCCCUAAAAACAACUUGUUUAGAAUAACCGAAAACUAAACCAGACUAGGACAAACAUGACUGAUUGACAAAAUAAUGGAAUGUAUAAGAAACUAAUUAGUAAUUUUAUAACAAACACAAGACAACUGAAAGGCUGGAUAACUAAAAUUAGUUUUAGAGAGACUAUUAAAGUAUCGUGAUUGAUCGGCUGACAAACAGAAACGUCAUUAUUGAUCUUUUGUAUUCACGUUAUUCACGUAAAUUCAGGAGAAUCACGGAUGACUUUUACGAGUAAGUUAGUCCAGUCUUAGACUAGACUAGGUAAAUUGAGUGUUAUAUUGUGAGUUAAUUAGUGUAAUAAUUGAGAGUUAUAGUAUGAUACAUAGCAUUUUGACUGAAUAGCACUAGUACAUGACCGACAUACAAUUAUAUUAGUAGGUAAGACAAGACAGGUAUGUAGCUGACUAAAAUGCAUUUAUCAAGGCUGGCCAGUAAUGAUGAAAUGAAGUAUUUUUACAAUAGAUGUCAAUUAGGAUAGAGCUUGCCUGACUUAUAUGACUGACAGAAUAAACUUACGUGCAGGAGUGACUUAAACGAUCUGGUCGAAAAUGCUACUAUUGAUUACCUAUAACUAAGAAAAAAAAUAACUAAGUAGAUAAACCAAAUUCGAAUAACGCCACUGUCCGACGACAAGUAUGACUAAAGACGUGACAGACACAAGACAUUAAUGACAAAACAUUCACAAUUAAACUGGCAUGACAAUUCGACGUUAACUUUGCAUCUUAAAAGCAAAAAAAAAAUCCUAGGUAAGUUUGUUUUUACUGCAAGACUAGACUGACCUGACUUUAGAACUUGACAAUGACUGUUACCCAAGAUGACUUUAUACGAAACUGACUAUUAGUGACAAUAUCCAUGACAUUACCAAGAGAUGACUGUGAUUAAUAGUACUGACUUCAAUGACGCUUGAUUGUAGGGGACAAUAAUUAUAUUGACUUAUAACUGACAUUACCGACUUUGACCGCAACUGAUUACCUACUUACCUAAUGGCAACUUACUGACAAUAUAUUUUAAAUACUGCAUGUCGGAAAAGUCUGGCACAUCAUUUGAAGGGGAGACCCUUAAUGCCUAUAUUUUUCAAAGUUGAUGUUUAGCAUCAUCGAUAUUUACUAUGACUGAUAGGUAUUGACUAACUGACAUUGACUGCAAGACAUUGACACAGUAACUGACUAAUUGCCAAAAGCUGCAAAUGGCACUGAAUGACACUUAUAUCGACUUAUAAAAUUGAUUCAGCCAGCA